GCAAUCUGCAACUCCAGCCGGGCUCCCGGACUCAGGGCUUUGGAGGAAGCGGCUCCGGGUCUGCUCCGGCCCUGGGGCUCCCCACGGGUCCGCAGCCCUUCUAACCUGCUGCGCCUCCCGCCUAGCUCUCGAGUUGUCGCGUUCCAGCCCCGGGCGGGGUGCUGAUGGAACCGCGGUGAUGUUCGCCCUGACCAGGCUGCUGGAUUUCCAGAAAACCAAAUACGCGAGGUUCAUGAAUGACCGAGUUCCGGCCCACAAGAGAUACCAGCCCACGGAGUACGAGCAUGCAGCCAACUGUGCCACCCAUGCUUUCUGGAUCAUCCCCAGCAUCCUGGGCAGUUCCAACCUCUACUUCCUAUCUGAUGAUGACUGGGAGACCAUUUCCGCCUGGAUCUAUGGCCUUGGCCUCUGUGGCCUCUUUGUGGUGUCCACCAUUUUCCACACCGUCUCCUGGAAGAAGAGCCAUCUCAGGAUGGUGGAACAUUGUUUGCACAUGAUUGACAGGAUGGUCAUUUAUUUCUUCAUUGCUGCAUCCUAUGCACCUUGGCUGAACCUUCGGGAGCUGGGCCCCUGGGCCUCCCACAUGCGCUGGCUGGUCUGGAUCAUGGCCUCUGUUGGUACCAUCUAUGUCUUUUUCUUCCACGAACGGUACAAGCUUGUGGAGCUUCUUUGUUAUGUGGUGAUGGGUUUCUUCCCUGCCCUGGUCAUCCUUUCCAUGUCCAACACCGAGGGCAUCUGGGAGUUGGUGACUGGAGGGGUCUUCUACUGCUUGGGCAUGGUGUUCUUCAAGAGCGAUGGGAGGAUCCCCUUUGCUCAUGCCAUCUGGCACCUCUUUGUGGCAUUUGGUGCUGGUACCCACUACUAUGCUAUCUGGAGGUAUCUCUAUCUGCCAAGCACGCUGCAGACCAAGGUGUCCAAAUGAAGUGUCUGGACUCUGUGGGUCAUGUGGACUUUUGAAGCAGAGCAUCAUGGGGAAUGAACUCUAGCAUGAGCAUGGUGCCAAGGCAUCGGCCUUUUCUGGUGGAAUUCUUCAUGGGUCUGAGGUUCCAUCCAUUGACCACCAGACCACCCUUUUUGUCCCCAGCAAGAAAGCAAGCAUUUAGUCACUUCUGUGGAGGAGAAAUUAACUCAGUAAUGUGUUUCUACUUUAGACAAAUGUUUCCUACUAUAACCAAUAUUAACAUCUUCAGAAAAGGGCAAAAUGGAGAAUGACAGGCCAAGAGGUAUUUUUUUAGGGUCUUGAGGGCCUCGCUCUCAAGUCACCCAGCUUAAAGAUGGCAGGUGGAGAAUAACCCUGACCAUGGCAGACAUCACCAAUCAAUUACAGUAUGUGGCAGAAUUCAACUCAGAGCCCUGGACAGAUAUUGCUAGUCCAUUCUGUACUCAUGGUGGAGCCCCUUGGCUUAUCUGGCCUGGCGUGUUCUGAGGCAGGAUCAAGGCAGAGCAGUUAAAAGUCACUGUGUACCGGAGCAUGCUUAUCUCCUGAGACCAUUGCCUUCUGUGCCCUCCUUCUUCUUUCUACCUUUGAAAAAGUUCUUGGAGUUGGUUGUUUGUGAGCAGUGUGGGGAGACUGAGGCACACUUGAAGCAGCUCCUGACUCUUCUCCUCACCAGAACUGGUUCUUGGUCCAGGAGAAGCAAAGAGCUAGGAUGAAGAUGCUGCUGCUGGGCCAUUUCUUCUCAUUCUGAAAAAUCCAGAGAAAUGGUGAGGCUGUGUGGUCAUUAAUGGGCUCCAGCAAGGCCCUCAACUUGCUCCCUGUCAAGGGCUCAUGAUGCCAAUUUUUGGAUUUUUCUCUUGGUGCCAUGAAGUGGCUCUCUGAGGCCCCUCUGAUGGGCCCAGGGGCUGGGUCUCUGCCUCAUCGGGACAGGCAGAAUGUCUGCACACUUCAACCCUUGAAGUGCCCUGUUGCUAACAGCACAGCAGCCAGGGGCCUGUCCUCAACCCCCUCUACUGCUGGGCUAGCCUCGCGUCAAGUGGACAUUGGCUGAGGGUGGAGCAGCUGGCCUGGCUCCUGACCUGAACUCACAGCUUGGAAUCUCUGGAUAGAAUCUGUCUUGAAUUCCAAGGUCCUGUCCUACAACUCCCAACCAGAUGAGAGUGGGUGAGGGUGGGCAAAGACAGGGUGCCUUACACUUUGUUCUAGCACAUUCCAGGUAUUUGGGGGCUCUAGCACCUGGAAUCCCAUAUGUCCAAGCCAGUAUUAAAUUUUGAUGCACUUGUUGGACAGAUGGCUUUGGAGAUAGUGAGCUUUGAGACUGGUUUUGUCUACCUGCAUGUACAUGUGAGUGUGUGCAUGAGUGAGCACAUGUAUGAGUGUGUGCCCGAGUGUGUGAAUAGGAGUGUGCGUGUGUGGCUGAGUGUGCAUGAGUGUGAGUGUAUGUGUGUGCACGAGUGAGCGAAUAUGUGCCAGAAAGUGAGCACAUGUGUGUGCAGAAAUGAAUGUGUAAAUAUGUGUGAGUGUGUUCACAUGUGAACAAGUGUGUACAUGUAUGAAUGUGAAUGUGUGCAUGAGAGCAAGCAGAUGUAUGUGUAUGUGCAUGACUGUGUGAAUAUGAGUGUGAAUGUGAGCAUGUGUAUGAGUGUAUGCACGACUGAAUGGGAGUGUAUGCAUGAGUGAGUUGCAUGUUUAACGUGUGUGUGCAUGAAUGUGAAUGAGUGUGAAUGUGUGUGCAUCUUUGAACAUGUGUGUAUGCAUGAAUGUUAGCAUGUCACGUGAAUGUGUGUGCAUGUGUGUGAGCAUAGGUGUGGGACCAUACAGGACUUUCGGUCCCUGGAAACUAUCUUGGGUAACCCUGUCCCCUGAUCUCCCCGUGUUUCCUCCAGCUGUGGUCCUGGCUGGGGAUAGAGAGAAGGGCUGGGGAGAACCAGCUGCUGAUGGGCUGGGACACUGAGACUGGCCUCCCUCUAGGCCUGAGGCUGGGGAAGGGGCACCCAGGGGUUCUGGAAUGCUAUGUAGAAACUCCCUGGGUGUUGAACCAUGGCAGCCAAGAAAAUUCCAGUCACCAAGGUGCUGAUGGGAGCCAUCCAGGUUCCUGGGAACAGUGAUGUGUGCUGGGACACAGACUUCAAAGUGAUCGUGUGACCCCUUCUGAGUUCCUGAAUUAUGCCCCUAGGCUAAGCACUUGAUGCAAAUUGUCCCCUGCUACUCCACAGGAUGAAUCUCUCCUGCCCAACUCCUAUGCAUCCUUCAAAGCCCAGAUCCUCAUUGAGGAGCUUGUGGACUUUGUGUGGUUCUGUGCUCCCCCUGACCACAGCUUAGAGCCCUGUCUGUUACCCAGGUACUAUGAAAGACUGUGUCUUGCUAAAUCUGGGAUCAAAUCUGGCCUUCUAUGUUGAUGAGAGUUUAGACCAAUCUCCUGCCCUCUGUGGGCCUCAGUGUCCUCAACUGUAAAAUGAGCUCAAUAAGACGGAACCUUGUAGGGCUGUGUGAAAAAAGCAACAGGAUCAUAAAUGUACAAUUGGGCUGGUGAGAUGGCUCGGUAGAUAAGGGUGCUUGCUGCCAAGUCUGAAGACCCGAGUUCAAUUCCUGAACCACAUGGUGGAAGGAGAGAAUGGACUCUUGCAAAUUGUUCUCUGUCUUUUACACACGCACGCAUGUGUGCACACACAAUAAACAAACAAACAAACAAAUAAAUAAAUAAAUUUGCCACUUUCA